UACAAGUCAUGUUUAAAAGAAUGAAUUACCAGUGUUUUGGUUUUUCUAUUAAAACCUGUCAUAUAACAUAUAUGUUUUGUCUUAUUUCCAGUUUGUAAUUUCACCUGUAUGAACCAUGGAUGAACCAGCACUGGAUGUCAAUUUCACCAGUUUGCUGUUUUGACAACUCAAAGCCUUUCUGAUUGGCUGAGUCUGAGUGGAGAGGUGUGAUGUCACCAGUUAUGGACGAGACAGCGGGGGAUCUCCCAGUCCGAGAUGUGGGACUGAUGAAAGGAGGACUUAUGCCAACUGUCCCAGAUAGUCUACGUGAUAUGAAGUCAUGGAAGAGGCAUCAUAUCAUGAAGAUAAAAGAUCCUCAGCGCCUGUUCCGGUUUCCCAGGGAACACCUGGAGGACCUGUGUCUCCGACUUCAGGAAGAGAACAGUGUGCUGAGACAGCACACGCGUACACAGGAGCACAGGCUCCGCAGAAUGUCCAACAGACUGAUGCGUCUUCGACAGACCCGGCCUGGAUCUAGCGGUGUUAAGGACAGGGAAAUGGAGGACACCUUACAGGAGCUGGAAGCCCGAGUGGCCAUGCUUGAAAGCCAGAAAGCAGUGCUACAGAACAAACUCAGCCUGGCCAAGCAGCACAUUAUGGACCUGGGGGGACGCACACCAUACAGGUUCAGCAAAGGUAAAAGUAUGGAAGUGGAGGGCGGAGUCAGGAGGGCAGCCCAGACAGCCCCGCCUCGCUAUGGCCCCACGCUGGAAGACACCAGAGCAGAGAUGGAAAGAUUCAGGUCCAGUGUGACAGAGCAGGUGAGGAUGUCAGAGCUGGAGCUGACUACCCAGGCUCUUAGAGACACACUGAGAGAGAAGGAGAAAGAGUUUGAUGGAACCAUGAGAGAGAUGAGGAAGCAGCAGGCCGACAGACACAGAAUAACUAUCAGAGAGAACGUGGAUCUGAUCCGUCUACAAAAGCAGCUUUCAGACAAGAGCACUGCCCUGAGAGUCACCCAGGAGAAGUUCAAUGACCUGCAAGAGGCAUUUGAAAAUCAGUUAGAGGAGAGUCAGAGGUCGCUGAAGGAAAGCCAGGGAGCUCUGCUGGAGAAAGUGGAGGAGCUGACUGAACAGCUGAAGCAGGAGAGACAGAGAGCACUGGCACUGGAGGGACAACUAAACACUUCCACCCUGUCUCUACAGACUCUGGACAAGCUACAGGAGAGGAUAUCAGACCUGGAGGGAGAGAGGGAUCUGAUAAAAGAAAACUAUGAUACUCUGCUAGAGAGUACUUUAUCUACUCACAGCAUCCAUGAUGGCCAAGUGGUCAAACACAAGGAACCAGACCAGAAAAGGGAGGAAUCAGGAGAAAACAUUUUCAGGAGGGAUGUUCACAGACUGGAGGAAAUGCUGCAGGCAGAGAGGGAAGAGAGAGGCAGGCUGGAACUGGAGAAGGAAAAACUGAGACAAGAGAAGCAGAUAUUGGAGGAGCAGAGGGAGCGAGAAUCAGAGUUUUCUGGGACGAUGAGAGACAAACGAGAGAAUCUGGAACGUGAGGUUCUCCAGUACAGAGAGCAGGUGUCUGCUCUGCAGGACAGACUGGACUCUGUCACUAAGGAGUUUGACAUGAGUGUUGAGGAGCUCAGUGAAAUUCUUUUGCAGAUCAAGGCGUUCAGGAUGCAGCAGGAGAGCAGGGAGGGUCUGCGCUUUCUUAGGGCUGAUGGGAACAUGGGGGAUUCAUCCCAUGAGCUGACAAACAUCCAGGCAUCGCAUGCUGAGACUGUGCUGGAAUUACAGAAAACCAGAAACCUCCUACUGCUGGAGCACCGUAUCACUAAAGACCUGCAGGAAGAGUUAAACACAGUCAACCAAAAGAUGGCGAGAGAGAGGGAGGAGAUCAGGGUGAGGAUGACGGAGAAAGACAAACUUUUAUCAAAAAGAGCUCUUCAGAUCAACACUUUACAAGCCCAGUUGAAAGAGUUGGCGUACAGCCCCAGGAACUACAAUCGGACCAUACCAAUACAGUACACCUGGCCAGCUGGAGAUCAGGAGGUGGUACAGCCCAUUGAAGACGACAUGUCUUUUUCUCAGCUGAGGGCCGGGGAGUCACUGUUGGAAAUUCACCUUAAGGCUGCCACCUUCACUCCAGGAGGACUUCGGAAUAUGGGCAACAUUUAUCCAGAAUUGGACAGAGGUGAGGACAUCGUGACCUUCUGCACCUACAGCCUCUUGGACUUUGAGGUGCACUCCACUCCCCUGGUGUCAGGCAGCCAACCCAACUAUGGCUUCACCUCCCGCUAUGCUCUCACAGCCCGCGACCUGGGCACGCUGGGAGGCCAGGGGUCAAGGGUCAGAGUGGAGCUCCACCAGGCAUUGGGAGGGGUUAAGUUUGUGACGCAUGGAAGUGGGCAGAUGCCCCUCAUGGGUGCCAUGGAGAAGAGAGGAGAGCGCAUCAGUGGACGUGUCACUAUCACAGGCUCUGAGGGUGUUAUUGUUGGCGUUGUGGAUUUCUGGGUGCGCCUGUUCCCUCCUGCAGAGCCCAUGGACACCACGGUGGAGACAGCAGGUGACAGGAGGACAGCUACACAGAGGAGUCCUGUGCAGAUCUCUCUUGGCUGGCAAGAAAGCAGUCAGGAGGAAUUACAUGACUACGGUGGAGGGAUACCCAAUGAGUUGGUGCUAGUGUUGGAACGCUGUGUGGGCCUCAGUCCACGCUGGCCAGGACUACUUCCUGAUGCCUACCUCACCUACAGGCUCUAUGACCUGCCGCCUCACGUCUCUCAAACAGUCCAGUGCUCUGCUGACCCGGUGUUCAAUGAUUCCACCAGUUAUCCACUAGCAGUAACAACUGAUGUGUUGCACUACCUGAGGUCUAGCAGUCUGUGGGUGUAUGUGUUUGAUGACAGCGAUGACCAGAUACCACCAGCCUAUCUGGCCAAGACCCCCAUUCCACUGCGAACUCUGGCUACAGGCAGAGAGAUCAGAGGUGACUAUGUUCUGCGGGAUCCAGCCGGUGGACCACGGGGCAUGGUCAGGGUCAUGUUAAAAUGGAAGUACCCCUUUCAACCACCCGCAGACACCCUGCUUGGGAGACAGGGAAGGGGAGUGGACAGACAGGACAGAGCAGUGGAAAGCACGGAAAGGGAGGAGAGGAGGAGAGAGGAGGCUGAGGUGCCACAGAGGCCCAUAGCCAAGCCCAGAGUGAAGACUCAGUUACUUGAACCAGGAGAAACCAAAGCAGUGCAGAAAGAGACAAAAGCCUGGCCUCGGCCUCCACCUGUCAAACAGAAGGACACAAGAUCAGAGCCAACCAUAUCUGUGAAACCGCUGGCUGUCCGCCAGUCCACAGACAGGAAGAGAUCCACCAAGAGGUCACCUGACAUUUAUCAGGGGAGACCCCAUGUGACGCCUGAGCCACGACUGAUUACACCCUCUCAUUUGCCAACUAGCAAGAGAUCUUCAGCAAAAACGUCUUCCAGACAAUCAUCAGCCACACUGUCGAGGGGAAGCUCUGCCAGCGAUGCCAGGACUCAGGACCUUCCCUCUCUGGAUCAAGUGUCAAUGGAUGAAGAGGAGGAGGGAGAGGAGAAGAGUGAGAGUGCUGCUGCAGGUCACAGUGAAGCCACAGAGUCUUCAGAGACAAGCUCCUCACAAAGCGACAUCAUCGUCAUUCCCCCAAGACGAAAAAUAAGAAAGGGAGACAAGCUGAGAGUCGAGAUUCUGUCUCUGGUAUUUGAACCAUCCUCUCACGUGGCAAUGGACGAGUCAGUGCAGCGUCUUUAUGUGGAAUAUCGGCUGCUGGGUGUCCCGAUGGAGACGACGGAAACACCAAUGUCCCUCCGCAAACCCACAGAGGGGGAGGAGAUUCACUACAACUUCACACGAGUGAUCUAUGUAGAUGGUUCACAGUCGGCUCCUCUCAGACAGUAUCUUUACACCAUGCUGGAGGGCAGUGACCCCAACCAGGGCAGGUUAAAGUUCACAGUUGUCAGUGAGCCGAUGGAUGAUGACGAGGAGUGUGUGGACGUUGGACAUGCUUUUCUGGACCUACAGGAACUGUUGCUCACAGGAAGGGAUGUUAUCGAACGCCAAAUUGACAUUGUGAGCGUGGAUGAAGAGAAGGAGGUGAUAGGAAGUCUCAAAGUGUCUCUGGAAGCAGAGAAAGCCUUCAGUGGUAUAUACAGGGAGUUUCACCAGAAACAGGAGACCAAGAAAGAAGAUGAGACAGAAGAAGAAGAAGAGGAGGAGGAGGAGGAGGAGGAGGAGGAGGAG